CCGUCCCCUCCCCAGCGGGGUCUGUGCGGGGAGAGCCCUUUCCUACCGCCCCUCUGUGUCCAGCCGGAGGGGGGGACCCAUCUUUGCUCCCGGGCGGGGAUCUGCGAAUCUCAGCGCUGCUGCCCCCCUGAGCGCCUGCAGGAGCCGAGCCAGCUCCGGGAGAGCAAACGCCCCGACCCGGGCCAGGGACCGAGUCUCCCAGCCCGAGGGGAGAGGAGAGACUGGACGGGGCAGUAGGAGCAAUAAGGGGGUGUAUACAGAUCUCUAGUCAGAUCCUUAGGCGGGGGGGUGGGGGGGUUGAACCUGUUUGACCCACAUCCCAGCUGAGUGCUAACUACUGGGCUCUGAGUCAUACAGUGGGCACCUUCUCCUCUGGGUUUGGAACGGGACCUGGCUGAGGCAUGCUCUGAGCACACCUAGCAGAUCAGGCUUUGCAGGGAAGUAAGGCAUUCACCUGCCUGGCUUAGCCUGGUUCAGGGAUCGUGCUGGGGCUCAGAAAGGAGAUAGUGUCUGGAUGCCUAGAGGGAGACAGCGGUGUGCGUGACCAGAACAGGAACUUAGGCAGCUAGAGAACUUUUACAGCAGUAAUUUAGAUGUGCAGUGAGAGCGGGAUUGUAUAAAAGUGGCACCUGAAACUGGGACGUAGGCACCUAAAUCUGAGCCAGUUAGCUUAUCUGAAUGAUUACACAGGCCCAGGAGGAGGCUGUGAACUUGUGAGUUUAGGAGAGAGUGCCUGGCUGGAUUAGCACCCGGGCUCACAGAAGAUGGAUGGACAGGAAGGGUUAAAGAUUUGUACUUUUAAGUUAAUGAAAUAAGCCCCACAAAGGAGGAAUGUUGGUCUGAGCAUUCUGGUCUGGGAGUAAUCAUUGCAAGACGGCAAGAGAGCAAGAAAGAGCUGCAGGACCGAGCAUGCCACCAGGGGGUGGCUCCUGGGUGGCACACCAUCAAGCAUAAGAAAGCCAGGAAAGGCCACAGGAUUACUCAUUGACAACUCCAAUCUGAGCUCUCAGAUGGAACAAGGGAAAGAGCUGUGGGUCCCAGAUCUCCAGGGCUGUGAGGAAUGGGAGAUUUCAGCAGGUUAUGGGACAGUGAGGGAGAACAAGGAGGAGACCCCUCAGCAGGAAGGUCCCGAGCAAGUGGAACCACCUGGGAUGUUAUUGGGAAGAGCUGAAAGGGAUGUUUCCCAGAGUCAUGAGCAGGGAGAAGCCUGUGAGAGUCAGCGCAGGCUGGAGAAACAUCAGAAAAACCAGCCAGGGAAGGGAGAGAGAAAACCCACUUGCUGUGGGGAAGGACUCAAGAAACCAAAAGACAUCUCAGCCUGUCAGAGAGAAGGGAAAGGAGGUGAAAAUAGAGAUACACACACUGUGUCUGGGAAGAGCUGUAGACAGAGCUCAGAACUUAGUGUUCAGCAGACAAUCCACCCUGGAGAGAGGCCCAAUAAAUGCCCCGACUGUGAGAAAAGCUUUAGCCAGAAAUCAGCCCUUGUUAGACACCAACGGCUGCACACGGGAGAGAAGCCCUACAAAUGCAGUGACUGUGGGAAGAGCUUCAGCGUGAGCUCACACCUGAUCACCCACCAGAGACUGCACACGGGAGAGAGACCCUACAAAUGCCUGGACUGUGGGAAAAGCUUCAGCGAGAGCUCAAACUUUAUUCACCAUCAGAGAAUCCACACAGGAGAGAGACCCUAUAAAUGCCCCGACUGCGGGAAACGCUUCAGUAACAACUCAGACCUCACGAGGCACCGCCGGACCCACACGGGAGAGAGGCCUUACGAGUGCCCGGACUGCAGGAAGAGCUUCAGUAUGAGGUUCCAUUUAGCUAGACACAAGCACGUGCACGCAAAGGAGGAGGAGAUGGAAAGCUCCCCCCUUCUCACACAUCAGAGACUUCCAUCGGACGAGAAGCUCUGCAAAUGCCCUGACUGCGGGAGAAGGUUCAGGGACAGCAGAGGCCUCGUCACACAUCAGAGAAUCCACAUGGGGCAGAAAUGCUAUCAGUGCUCCGACUGCGGGAAAAGCUUCGGGGUGAGCUCAGCUCUUUCUGAGCACCGGAGAAUCCACGUGGAUGAGAAACCCAGCGUCUGCCCGGAUUGUGGGAAAUGCUUUCUUCAGAGCUCAGAGCUGCUCCUCCACCAGAUUAGCCAUGCAGGGGGGAAGCCCUACACAUGUGAGGAGUGUGGUAAACGCUUCGCUCAGAGAUCGAAUCUCCGGGCGCACCUCAAACACCACACAGCUGAGAAGCCCCAUAAAUGCACCCAGUGUGGGAAGAGCUUUGUCAAGCACUCCAUCCUGGCCAGGCACCAGAUCACCCACACGGACCUGAAACCGUUUAAAUGCUCCGCGUGCAGCAAAAGCUUCACUCAGCUCUCCAGCCUCACGAGGCAUGAGAGGGUCCAUGAGGCAGAGAUGCUCUCCGAGCCCCCUGACUGGAUGGCAGAAAUGAACCAUACAUUCAUCGAUUCCAGUGGGCGGGCGUGGAAUUGGGCUCAAGAGUACCCAGCUGCCCGGCUGUGGGGCGAGGAGGCAGCCGUAACCAGCCCCAAACUGAUCAGUGACCCGCGGCCUACACCUGGUCUGGCAAACCCCAGGCAGGUCAGGGGAGACCUCAGCCAGCCCCUUUUAAGUGCUGUUGAACUGGCUGCUGAGCUACCAAGCUCUUCUGCCUCCUGCCAAGACAGUGCAUCCAUCUCCCUGGACUGAAAGAUCCCCCGUCCCCUUAACCGCUUCCCCAGGCCACCAGCCUCAGGAGCCACACUAGAGGAGGGCAUUGCGGCUGGGAUUUCCCGAGACACCCAGGGGGCAGGAUUGGAGGUAGUGGGAAGCAGAGAGGGCCAGCUGGCUGCUAGGGGUAUUAAGUGUCUGGGGACUGGGGGUUAAGGAAUCAUAGAAUAUCAGGGUUAGAAGGGACC